GAUGCCUAUAACCUGGGGUUUGGUCUGUGCGCUUCUCAUAAUCGUCUUCUGUUUCCUUGUCAAAUGCUGGAAGCCUCCCAUAUUACCAGGACCUAGAGGAUUUCCAUAUUUUGGAAUUGCCAUCAGAUUAGUAGGGAUAGCUUCUAAAGAUAUCUUGCCUCUUAUGAUAAAAUGGUGUAACGAAUAUGGAACGAUUUUUGAAUUCAAAAUGCUUGGUGCGAAAUAUGUAUUUUUGACGGAACCAGAAUUGGUAAAGCCAAUACUUUCCAGCUCCACGAAUAUUACUAAAGGUCAUUUCGAGUACUCAUUCUUGAAGUUAAUGUUUAAUGAUGGACUUAUAGUCUCUAAGGGUGAUAAGUGGCGUACAAACAGGAGAUUACUGACACCUAGUUUUCACAACAAAAUACUGAAAUCAUCAGUAGAAACUGUAGGCCGAAAUGCAGAGGAAUUUGUUUCACAAUUAUUGGCCUUCGAUGGGAAACCUAUUGAUAUUGAAGACAUAACAUAUUUGUUGGCUUUUAAAAUAAUUUGUGAAACAGCAAUGGGUUUUAAAUUGAAUACAGAGGAUAAACAACAAAACGAAUUCGUAAAAGCUUCAAAAAUUUGCCACGAUUCUCUUGUGCAUAGAUAUCUGAGGUUUUGGCUGUUUCCCGACUUUAUUUUUCGUCGCUCUGAUGUUGGAAAACAAUUUUUCAAGAGUGCAGAUCUUAUUCAAGACGUAGCUGAACAGGUUAUAAAAAACAGAAAAGAAUUAUUCAUUGCUGAAAAGAAUGGAUCAAAGAAUAAGGAUUUGAAAAAAAAAGAAAGAAAUGCUUUCCUGGACAAUUUAUUUGAAUUAGUUGACCUCAAUCCAGCUUUAUUUACAGAAUCUAAUAUCAGAGAAGAAGUAGACACAUUUAUGAUUGCGGGUCAUAAUCCAUCAACAUCUUCUCUGAAGUUUUUACACUUCUUACUGGCCAACCAUCCGGAUGUUCAGGAAAAGGUAUAUGAUGAACAAAUGCAUAUAUUCGGGGACGAUAAAAGAACGCCAACUUCCCAAGACCUUCAGAAAAUGACUUACCUCGAGAUGGUGAUCAAGGAGUCAUUGAGACUGUAUCCAAGUGUUCCGAUGUAUAGUAGGCUCUUAGACGAAGAUCUAAUAAUCGAUGAAAAAACUACUAUUCCAGCGGGUUAUACAGUUGCAGUGUUUCCUUACGCUGUUCAUCGAUCCAAGAAGCACUGGAGCAAUCCAGAAGAAUUUAUUCCUGAAAGAUUCGCUCCAGGGAUUGAAAUACAUCCUUUUUCAUUUAUACCGUUUUCAGCUGGUCCAAGAAAUUGCAUAGGCCAGAAAUACGCAAUGAUGGAGUUAAAGACGAUCAUGUCGAUAGUAGUGCGGCAGUGCUUGCUAGAGCCAGUCACAACUUCGAUAAGCUUGGACUAUGGUAUUACAUUAAACGCAGUAGAACCGAUAAUCGUUAAGGCUAUUCCAAGGAAUGGAACCCGGAGAAUGAUUUCCGAGAUGAAUAGUUAAGAUUUGUGUAGUGAUAGAAAAUGUUACAACUAUUUAUUUAUGAGAGAAGACCUGAACUUGAAACAUGUCAAGUUGAAACAUAUUUAUAUUCAGGUUAAACUUAUGAUGUUCUACAAUGUCUAGUUUAUAACAAUGUUACAAAUAUCUGUUGCAGUAUAAUUUAUUUCUCUUAUAUAAAAAUUAAUUCCAUGCCUUCAAUUUGAUUUUCGCACAUUACAUUCAACAACACACCCAUUACACAGAGUAACUGACUACACUGCUAGAUUCUAGAAAACCU